AUGAAUAUAGAUAAUGAAAGUAUAGAAGAUAUAUCUUGGUUAUACGACAAACAAGAACAGAAAUAUAUAGCAUCAUCAAAUUUGUUAAUAAGAGAUAUUGAAAUACCAAGUAUACCAUCUACUUCACGGGAUAUUAUAUCUGCAAAUAUUCAGUCUUUUAAAAGUAAUUGUUUACCAACUAAAAUAAUAUGUGGGAAAUCUAUACCAAUUACUUAUAGAAAGGGAUUAGAUCAUGUUAAAAUUGCAAAUAAUUCAUCAAAAGCAUACUCAAGAUAUGUAAGAUCAAUAUUUGACAAAAAGAAAUCAACAAUUUUAAACAAUACAGAUAGGAAUAAUAGAUUAUUAAGUAGAAAUGAUAUUAAUUUGAGUAUUCAAGAUAGUAGUUCAAGUGGUAGUGAUUGCAAUAUUUCUGUACAACUAUCAAAUUCAAAUUCUCAAAUAACUUCAUCAAUUCAGAUAACUCCAUUAGAAAUUCAGACAACAUCUUCUUCUAUAACUUCUUCACGUUAUGAAACUCCUAGAUUAAUGACAUAUUCAUCUCUUAGUAACUUAUCAUAUUUUAUAAGUAUAUUUAAGGAGAAUCCAUCUACAUACAAAAUUAUCUCAAAAUUUAAAAGAUGUAAAGAAAUAAGUUCUACAAGCUUUAUUUAUAGGAUACAUAAAUUACUUGGAUAUGGUUACCAUGGAGUAGUAUUUCUUGCUCAACAAAAGCCAAUAUAUAAUAAUAAUUUAUUUGAACAUAAUAAUGAUGUACAAAAUGACUAUAAUACUUUUAAUUCCAUUGAUAAAGAUUAUUUUAUAUCUAAUUCAGUCAAAAGUGACGAUGAAUAUAAAAUGAAUAACGAAGCAGAUUCAUUUGUAAAAAGUUGUAACAAACAAAAGUCUAUAUGGAUUAGAGGUUACAAUUGGAUAUUACCAUUAAUACAAUAUAAUAAAUCGACACUAUCUAUAGAGAAUAAUAAUGAGAAUACUUCAAGUAAUGAGAAGAAUCUUGUAGCUAUAAAAAUAAUAAAUUUAGAACCUUUAAUAUUACAAGAUAAUAGAAAUAUUCAUACUAGUUUAAUUGGAAUGGAUAUAUUAGAACAACUACAUGAAGAGAUAAGAGUUUUGAUUUCUUGUGAAAAUAAUCAAAGUGUAGUUCGAUAUAUUGAAUCAUUUCAUAUCAAUCCUAAUUAUAUUGGGGUAGUUACUGAAUAUAUACCAGGUUAUACACUAAGAGAUAUAUAUAAAUCAUAUGGUGCUUUUCCAGAAAGUAUAAUUAGUUAUGUAUGUUAUAAAAUAUUGAAUGUACUAUCUUAUAUGACUAGUUUUAAUUUUAGAUAUAAAAAAGUUCAUAAGGAUAUAAAGGCAGCAAAUAUAAUGAUUGACUGCCAUACGGGAAAUUUGAAAUUGAUUGAUUUUGGGGUUUGUCAAAUACUAGAUACAGUUCUUGGUACACAUCCAAAUAUCCGUGCUGGUACCCUUCAGUGGAUGGCUCCUGAAAUGAUUAGUAGCUGUAAAUGUUUAAAUGGAAUUUCUGGAUUUGAGAGUUUAGAAUAUGAUCCAUCUAUUGAUAUUUGGUCUUUGGGUGUAACUGCUCUUGAGCUAGCUAUAGGAUUUCCACCUAAUAUUUACAAAUUUAUCGCAAAUUUAUGUAAUAAUAAUUUAGAAGAAAAUUUGACAAGAAAUCAUAGUGAAAGAUGUCAUUUGACAAAGGGGUCAUUAAAUUAUAUUGAACAUUCAGAUAAUUUGAAUGACAACCUUGAGGCUCAUUUAAAUAAUGUCAAUGAUAUACAUCUCUGUUUAAAAUAUAAUAAUGAAUAUAUUAAUAAUGAUUUUUCUUUUAUUAGAAGCUAUUUUAAGGAAUUUGAAACAAUACAUAAUAAUAGCUACAAAUUUUCAGAUUCAUUUAUUGAUUUCCUUAAUUGUACAAUAUGCAUUGAUAAGAAGAAACGCUGGAGCUGUGAUGAAUUAUUAAAACAUCCAUUUAUUGUAAAUAAAAAGAAAUACCAAAAUAUAUACAAGAAUUUUCAAAUAAUUGAAAAGGAGCUUUAUAGAUAUAAUUUGAAUAGAAGCAAAUCUGUAAACUUAACAUUAGAAAAGAAUAAUUCGAGUGAUAAAUCUAACAGUGGUGUUAGUUAUAAAUAUGAAUUAGAUAAUGAAUCAUCAACUUAUUUAGAUCAAACUACACAGAAAUUUACGGUGGAUUCCAAUAUUGAGACUAUUGAUGAUCUUCCUAAUAGUUUUAUUUAUAAUAAUGAAGAGUUAAAAUUUGAAUUAUCAGAUAUAAGUGAUUUGGAAAAUUAUAAAGAUAUAAAUAGUGAGUAA